CCUUUACCUCUCAACAAUUGGCUAGCUAUAGCCAACCUAAAGCGAUUUAGCGUUUAGCUAGCUAGGUAUAGCUAGCUUAGUUAGCUCUUCAACUGUUUUCAGUUAACGUUAUCGUUCAGAAACACACCAGUAAUCGAACAAUAAUGUGUUUUUACAUCUGUGAGCAGGUAAUCAGCUGAUUAGUUGGAUCAGGUGUGCUGGAAACAGGAAAAGCACUAAAGAGUGCAGCACAGCGGACCUGGAGGACCAGGCUUGAGAAACACUGGUCUGCUGCAGAUCAGCUGGAGAGAAGGAGUGAGGAACAGUCAGGAGAGAAAUGGAGGUGAAGAACAGUGAAGAAAAGUGAAGAACAGUGAGGAACAGUUCAGGAAUAAUACAGGAUGAGCUGGAGAAGAGCUGCCUGAGCAGCAGGAGGAAGAAGUUUCCCAGAGAUGGAGGAGGAGGAUGGAGGGAGUGGAGCGCAGGAGAACGGAGAGAUGGAGCAUACACACCUCCACCUCACCUGCCUGCCGGAGAGAUACAUGCGGGCCAAGUUCUCCCUGUCUGCCUACAUCUUCUGCUGGGCUGUAGUUAAACUGUACCAGAGGAGAUUAAGACCGUCUCCGGUUCUGCUACAGGCCCCACCUGUUGAAGGUGUUGAAGCCGCUGAAGCCGGUUGUUCUGAACCUGGAGGGUUACAGCAGGACGAGAGCUCGGGUCAUCAGGUAUGCACUGAGUCAGUGCUGGACGAAUCACAGGACACCACAGAGGAAUAUUUUGAAACCCGUUCGUGCUACAGCGACACUUUCUCGGACUUCAGCCAUGACGCCGAUGAUUGCUUUCGAACGCCUCUCAGCUCAGACACUGGCUCAUGCACUGGAACGCAUUUGGACUCGCCCAAACACUCGUUUGGCUUCCAGGAGAGGGUUUGUUCUUGUGCAGAAAAGGAACAAGGACCUUCCGAUGGUCCUGAGGCCAAACCAGAUGCUAAGGAUUCUAGUCCUCAGUCAGAUAAUCUUGAAACAUUGGACUCAGUGCCACUGGCAAACGAUUGCAGUGGGAUGACCUUAGAUGCUUCUGUUUCCCAGCUCAACAUACCUGAAAAACUGGACUCUACACCAGUGAUAAACAAUUGCAUUGAUAUAACUUUAGAUGUUUCCCUUCCUCAGUCUAAUCUCACAGAAAAUUUGGACUCUAUAACACGGACAAACGAUUGUAGUGGGACAAGUUUACAUGUUCCCGACCCUGAAUCUAACCUACCAGAAACUUUGGACUCAAUGCCAUUGGCAAAUGAUUGCAGUGGGAUGACUUUAGAUCUUUCCAUUCCUCAGUCCAAUCUCUCAAAAAAAUCUGACUCCAUACAACUAGAAAAUGAUUCCAGUGUGAUGAGCGUAGAUCUUCCUGUUCCUGAGUCCAAUCUCCCAGACAAAUUAGACCCUAUGCCAUUGCCAUAUGAUUGCAUUGGGAUGACUUUAGAUGUUCCUGUUUCCCAUCCCAAUGUCCUAGAAAAAACAGACUCUGUACCACUAACAAACGAUUGCAGAGGGACGGCAUUAGAUGUUACCAUUCCUCAGGCCAAUGUCCUAGAAAAAUCAGACUCUUGCAUUGGUACAACUUUAGAUGUUUCCCUUUCUCAGUCCAACCCCCCUCAAAUAUCGGACUCCAUGUCACUAGAAAACAAUUGCAUUGAUAUAACUUUGGAUGUUUGCCUUCCUCAGUCCAAUCUCAUGGAAAAUUUGGACUCUAUACCACUACAAAAUGAUUUCAGUGGGAUAAGUUUAGAUAUUUCCAACCCUGAAUCUAAUCUACCAGAAAAUUUGGACUCUAUGCCAUUGGCAAACAAUUCUAGUGGGAUGAGUUUAGAUGUUCCCUUUCCUCAGUCCAAUCUCCCAGAUAAAUCAGACCCUAUGCCGUUGACAAAUGAUUGUAGUGGAAUGACUUUAGAUCUUUCCAUUCCUCAGUUCAAUGUCCCUCAAAUAUCAGACUCUGUCUCACUGGAAAACGAUUGCAUUGGUAUAACUUCAGAUGUUUCCCUUCCUCAGUCCAAUCUCACAGAAAAAUUGGACUCUAUACCACUGACAAACGAUUGCAGUGGGAUGAGUUUAGAUGUUCCCUUUCCUCAGUCCAAUGUCCCAGACAAAUCAGACUCUAUGCAAUUGGCAAAUGAUUCCAGUGGGAUUAGUUUAGAUAUUUCCAACCCUGAAUCCAAUCUACCAGAAGAUUUGGACUCUAUAACACUGACAAACAAUUGUAGCCGGAUGAGUUUAGAUGUUCCCGACACUGAAUCCAAUCUAUCAGAAAAUUUGGACUCUACAUCAUUGGCAAAUUAUUGCAGUGGGAUGACUUUAGAUCUUUCUGUUACUCAGUCUAAUCUCCCAGAAAAAUUGGACGCUGUGGCAUUAGAAAAGGACUGCAAUGAGAUGACUUUAGAUGUUCCUGUUCCCCAGCCUAACGUCCCUGAAAAAUCAGAGUCUAUGUCAAUGCCAAGUGAUUGCAGUGGGAUAACUUUAGAUGUUCCUGUUUGUCAGUCCAAUGUCCCUGACAAAUCAGACAAUAUAGCACUGACAAAUGAUUGCAGGGGGAUGAUCUUAGAUGUUCCCCUUCUUCAGUCCAAUCUCCCAGAAAAAUUGGACUCUACACCACCGACAAAAGAUUGCAGUGGAAUGAUUUUAGAUGUCCAGUCAAAUGUUUCUGAAAAGCCAGACUCUAAGCCAAUGCCAAUCAAUUGCCGUGGGAUGUCUUUAGAUGCUACAGGCAGUAAUCCAGUUGGUGACUAUACGUAUCUUGUCAGUGCAAAAUUAUCCAGGGAAGCUGGACUUCCUCCUGUCGCACAAGUUUGCAUGACUAACCAGGCGGAAGUCUGUUUUGAAUCAAAUGACUCAACCACAACGCAACUUUUCACAGAGUCCACUUCUCAAGACAUGUUUUUAAAGACUGAUUGUGGACAUGAAGCAGAGCACACGUUAGGUGACACCGUGGGCAGCGAAAAUGAGAAAAAGUCACAAAAUGUUAGCAAUUAUGAAAGUGACACUGAACUGGAGUUGAUUUUGGAUUCUGCACAGGUAAUUUGUUCUGUGACAGACAAAAACAAGUUCCUCCAACAGCAUGAACUGAAUGACCCUGAUGCUGAAACCUUUUUUAAUCAUUUACAUGUACCACGGAUGCUGGAUUUAACAGAUACAAAUGUGAAGGAAACUUCAGAUCAUCUCGUUGAGGUUUGUUCGCAACCCUCACCAGCUGAUGAGCUUGAAUGCAAUCGACGGGAGGACUUUGACUCAUUCAACUCUUCUAAAAAGGGGCACUUAGAACAGGUUACUGACAUUGAUCAAUCUCGUGAGGUAAACAAACUCCUACAACCUUCUGAUAACUGCAUGCUUCAUCCCGAGGAACUACCAUCAUUCAAAAACGAGUGUAUGGCUUGCCAGAAUGAGCAUAGCUUGUUAGAAACUUCUUGCACAAUUAUGGAUGUGGUUUAUUGUUCAACAGAAGGGGGUUCUUCAAGUUUGUCUUUUUCUAAUGAUUGCAUUUUGUCAAAUCUGGCACAUAAAAAUGUUCAUGAUCUGAACAGCCCGGACAACAUGUCCUGCACUGAUCACAGCAAGACUCUGAAUCUGAACUCUAAAUCUGAUAUCAAUCCAGGUUCACACACUAGUUACAGACCUUGUCUAGACUAUAUUGAAACAUCUCGUGAACCUAAAUCAACGGUCAGGGUAAAUUGUCAAGAAAUCAAACAAAACUUUAACGACAAACAAAUUUGCUUUUACAAAGAUGAGAAAGUCAUAGUAGGACCAGGCUCAAUUGCGUUUAGCGGCACUGGCACUGAACACUCUAGCAUCCCUUUUAGCACUGAUUCUUUUAUCACUGAUUCUUAUAGCACUGUUCUAAUCCAGAGGACUGAUCCACACGAGAGCACCCCUAACAUAGAUUGUGCAAAAGAAUUCACGGUCAUCCCACAAAAAUCACAAGAGGUCAUUUAUUCAGACAACUCAGAUUAUGGUGACUCUCACGUGAUGAUGACGUUUACAGGUGAAGAAGUCCAAAAUGUAGAAAGCAUAGAAAGUUUGGGUUCUGUUCAAAGAAAUGAUGUAGAAAACUUUGUAGACCAACUUCUAGAACCUGUACCUGCUCCUGUGAGCCCUACAGACGUCUGCAUUGGAUUAGUUGGUGAACUUUGCACAAACUGUACACAAACAACAACCUGUGAUCUGGCUGAUCUGUCCGUCACAGACGAAGGCAUGCAAAAGAUAAUCGUGUAUCCAAAACAGGGUCACGUUUCAAACGAUGUGUCAAGAAAAGACGUGACCAAACCUGAAGAAUCUAAAAGGACCACAGCAAAAGAGCAUGCAGUUAGCGACGUAAGUGAUGAAAGCAUGGAUUCCUGUGUGCAAGCCCAGUCAGACAGGGAUUAUGAAGUGUUAAGUGCUGAUGCAUCGUUGUUACAUAACAGAGCGACUCCCAGAACAAUAAGGGAUUAUAGUUCAGACACCAACAAUAACAUAAAGACUGUAGCUUUCGAGCACUGCCACAAGACACCAUGCAAUUUACUCAACGCUGCUCUGGAGCUCAACGAGUUUAAGUCUGGGCAAUUGUUCUCAGAACGAGACAAUAAAGACAUUAAUGAUAGAACAAACAAUAUCGUAAAAACUACUAUAACAAAUGCCCCACAGACCCCACCUUGCAAUGUACUUAGUGCUGCUUUAAAGCCCAACAGGUUCCUGGAAGACUCUGGGCAAUUGUUUUUAGAGCGAGAUAUUAUCAACAUAAACAACAGGGCAAACUAUUUUGGAGGGACCACUGCAGAAAUUGCCUCAGAAACACCUUGCACUUUACUUAGUACUGCUUUAGAACCCAGCAGGUUUGAAGGCUUAGAGGAUUGGAGGUCUGGAAGAUUGUUCCCAGAGAGGAACAAUGACCUGAAUGACCUUGGUGACAUCAAUCAUGUUAUCGAUAGGACAGAAUAUAUCAAACAAAUUUCCACAGAAGUUUUCCCAGAGGCUCAUGGCACUUUAUUUGGUGCUUCUUUAGAACCCAAAAGCUUUGAGUCUGGCCAGUGGUUCACAGAUCAGGAAAGAGACAUUAAUGAUAUUAUCGAUAAUAAGACUACUGCAGGUAUUUUUUCUGAGAGUAAAGAUUCUGCUUUAGAACUGAAUAGGUUUGAUUCUGGACAAAUGUACUUAGAGCAAAAUAACAACAUGAACAAUGUUAAUAAUAGGACAAACAGUAUUGUAAAUACUACUUCUACAGCAAUUGCUCCGGAAACCCAAUGUACUUUACAUAGUACCACACUACAGACGUCAUUCUCAGAAGUAAUCCCUCUUCAUGAGUCUUUUGCAUCAAUUUCCUCCAAGAUGCCAUGCACCCCCCUCAGCCCUGUGCCCGAGCAGGAACUUGACCAGUUUGACUCCUACUCAUUUUCAGGGGAAGACAGUUACUCUGAGGAUAAUGAUGUCCUCCCAGAUUUAGCAAACAGGCCUGGGGUCUCUCAGGAGGCCUCCAAAGCCGACUUGCUGACAGGUAAUAAAAGCGAUAUUGUUAGUCAACUUCAUUCAGAGCCCAGUAUGAGCUCUAGGGACUCUCUAGGCAACUCUGCUCAGAAGCAUAUCUGUGAUUACCUUGCUGAGGAAGAGUGCCAGAUGCACUUCCCUGCAGUAGAGGGAGAUCAGACAGCGGGAGCCUUUCAGCUCAAGGACGUUGACAUCAAGAGCCAGGGCAGUUCCGCCGUGUUGUAUCCCUCUGCCUCCUCACACACAGAUGGCCAGCACAGUCGAGAUUUGCUGAUUGCUGGCGAAUACGGCGAUGUCUCUGAAUGUUCAAGUGUUGUGUCUGGGAAUGGACCUGUGCGUCAAGAGAUUUUUGAUAAGGAAAGUAUGUUGCCUUUGUUGCCUUCGGACUACACAGUCAAGGUCAGCGAUGUUCAGAAAUUAGAAAGCACUAAAAGAAGGUUUGAGAAUGGCUGUAAUGAAGAAUCGGCUCAAAUCAGGGAUUCAACAUCCCUAACAGUUGAUGUUGAUCUCUGUUGGGAAACUGCCUCUCCAGAAGAAUCUCCACAACUGAUGAGUGCAGAAAUAGAGGUAUAUCCAUUCACGGACGUCAAGCUUGGGAUGUUGUCGAUCACUAAUUUAGAGCCCAUUAUAGAAGCGGAUCAGCCUCAAGAAAGUUUCUGUGAAGCAGAUAAAGAAAGUGUCUCAGAAGUAGAACAGGAAAAAGAUGUACCUGGAUUUGACGACUCAAAUGUCAGUGAAGAUACCUUUUGUCACUUGUCUCACAAUAAUGGUUACAUCCCGCAAAAGGAGGAUGACAAUGAAGAGCUUACAGGUGUACCCGCAAAUUCUUCAGGGGUCAAAAGAGUUUGCUUUGUUACCGACAAUCCCGAAGAUUGUCGAGACGAAAGGACCGUCUCCUCUUUAGCAACUGGGAAUGCUGGAACUGGGGAUAACGAUAUUGUCAAAACUGUGCUUCCAGACUUGGACUCCAUCAGUCUGCACAGUGAUGAUGUAGAAGAUAGCAUUCAGUCUCACACAGGAACCAAUUGCUGUGCUCAAAGCACAACAAAGAACAAGGAGACCAAGAGCACCUCAGCAGCAGGGAAAGCAUCACGGUUUUCCAUGUUCUCUCGAAUACCUUCGUUCCGCAAAGCCAAGAGAGAUGCUAAGGGUGGUAACAAGGUUGAACCUGAGGCCAAACCGCCUCCACAGGAUGUCAAUGAAGAAAAGAAAAAGGAGGAACACUCUCCCAGUUCCCCUAAACCCCUCCACAAAGCCCAUAUGUCUCACAGUACAGAGCACUUGCUGAAGUUCAGCGAUCACACCAAUGACGACAUCUUCGAGAAAGCCUUCGCCCUGACCUGGGAAAACAUGGAGAAAUGUGGAGAAUCCACAUCUGCUUCCAGAUCCAAGCAGACAAGGCAGCACAGCAGACAUGGCGACCUCCUGCACUUUAAGCCCUCGCCCAUGAUGGAAGGGUUCAACCAGAAGAGGAGCAAGAGCAUUGAUAACCUAAAUUUGCGACUGAAGCUAGCCAUGGCUCACAAAUCGCUGUCAAACUUGUUUGAGACUCGCUUUGGUGAGAAGGAGAACCAGCAGAUACAAAAUGACGACCCUAAGGUCAAAAGAAAAGUAAAGACAGGUAAAGAGGAAUCUGAGGGACUCAAAAGGACUUUUUCCGUUCCUGCAUCAAUCAGUUCAAGGACAAGACGUCGCACCCAGGGUGACAUUGUCGCUGGUUUGGCUCAGGAUGGACUUUAUUUCAAGGACAGAAAUUUGAAAGACACCUGGAACUCUGAUCCACUUUGCAAAAAGACUUCAUCACUCCAAGACACCUCAGGGAUCGAACCUGAUGUGGAGUCUGAUGAACCCAGCCCAGUGACUAACGGACUCUCUCCAGACUCGGAUCUUACGUCGGAAGAUGACGACAGCUUUCAAGCUCCUAUUCACCGAACUGUUUUUGCACUUGCUAAUCAGCUGUCUCCAUCCUGGGCCAGAUCUCUGGGAUCUUUUGAAGGCAUCGAUACGCCAAUGAGGCCAAUGAGUCCCAAACCUCAAAGCCCUGGACAGUGGACUCACCGCAGGAGCUUCCGCUACCCAUCGAGGUCCGUAGCCUCUUCGCUCUGCUCUCUGGGUCAAGACCAGAGUAUGGAGGGCAUCUCGGAUCUCCCAACGAGGACCCAGUCUUUCAGACCCAGAGUUCCACCAAUGGCAUCGUCCCAUUCCUUCGACGCUGAGUUCUUACUGGAGGACAGCAGUUCGGACAGUCAGUCCCAAACCAGCCUGGUUUCAUCCAACUCUGGCAACGAACCCGAGCAUGCGCAGGACGGCGGCAGGGCGGCGGGUACCCCGCGAACGUCCUGCAUGCCACGCAUGAGGAGGCACAGAGGACCGCGAGCUCCGAGACCCGUCUCAGACCUGUGCGGAUGGACGUCUCAGCUGAGGGACAUCGGAGAAGUAGUACCGGACCCACCGACCCAACAGGACAUCACCAAGACCCAGCAAGACGUCACCAGGACCCAGCAAGACGUCACCAGGACCCAGCAGCGCUCCUGCUCUGACGAGACGCUGUCAGACUCGGGAAAGACCAAGAAGAUCCAGAAGAUAAAACAGAGUUUACAGAGGAGUCUGGGACAGCUUACCUCCACACAUCCCGACCAGAACCAGACAGCCCGGAUGAGAUUCUCCUUCACGUCUCCGGAGCAGCUCUCGUCUCCGUCUCUGAGAGAUCACUUCUUCUCACAGAGCACUCCCACCGGACUCGACUGCGUCGGCUGGCCUCGCCGAGUCUCAUACUCAGCGCUGGUGAUCACUGAUGGAUCUCAGGAUAAGUCGGGGUUGGGAGAUGAGGUGGGCAGUGAGGAUGAUCUGUAUAACGAGUUCCGGAGCUCGGCCAAUCGCUUCGGCCAUCCUGGAGGAGGAGGCGGGGAGCAGCUGGCCAUUAACGAGCUGAUCAGUGAUGGAAGUGUGUGUGCCGAGGCGUUGUGGGAUCACGUCACCAUGGACGACCAGGAGCUGGGCUUCAAGGCCGGUGACGUCAUCGAGGUAGUGGACGCCACCAAUAAGGAGUGGUGGUGGGGGCGUGUCCUAGACAGCGAGGGCUGGUUCCCCGCCAGCUUCGUCCGGUUACGGGUGAAUCAGGAUGAGCCGAUGGAGGAUUACCUGGCGCAGUUGGAGGGAGCUCCUGAAGGGGGCGCCGGCGGGUGCCGCUCGCUGGGACCCGGUCUGCCCUGUAAAGAACAGAUGAGGGCAAACGUCAUCAACGAGAUCAUGAGCACUGAGAGGGACUACAUCAAACAUCUGAAGGACAUCUGUGAGGGUUAUAUUAAACAGUGUCGUAAACGAACCGACAUGUUUAACGAGGAGCAGCUCAGGACCAUCUUCGGGAACAUCGACGAGCUCUACCGCUUCCAGAAGAAGUUCCUCAAAAACCUGGAGAAGAAAUUCAACAAGGAGCAGCCGCACCUCAGCGAGAUCGGAUCCUGCUUCCUGGAGAACCAGACAGAUUUUCAGAUCUACUCAGAAUACUGCAACAACCACCCGAACGCCUGCGUCCAGCUCUCCAAACUGAUGAAGAUAAAGAAGUACGUCUUCUUCUUCGAGGCGUGUCGUCUGCUGCAGAAGAUGAUCGACAUCUCGCUGGACGGAUUCCUCCUCACGCCCGUCCAGAAGAUCUGUAAAUACCCCCUGCAGCUCGCCGAGCUCCUGAAGUACACCAACCCCCAACACAGAGACUAUAAGGAUGUUGAAGCUGCUCUGAACGCUAUGAAGAAUGUGGCUCGUCUGAUUAACGAGAGGAAGCGUCGCCUGGAGAACAUCGAUAAGAUCGCCCAAUGGCAGAGCUCCAUCGAGGACUGGGAGGGUGAAGAUAUCCUCAGCAGAAGUUCUGAUCUGAUCUUCUCAGGAGAUCUCACUAAGAUCUCUCAGCCUCAGGCUAAAGGCCAGCAGCGCAUCUUCUUCCUCUUCGAUCAUCAGCUGGUCUUCUGUAAGAAGGACCUGUUGAGGAGGGACAUCCUGUACUAUAAGGGACGUUUGGACAUGGACGAGAUGGAGGUGGUGGACGUGGAGGACGGGAAAGAUAAAGAUCUGAACGUCAGCGUGAAGAACGCUCUGAAACUGACGAGUCCAGGAAGAGACGAGGUUCAUCUGCUCUGCGCUAAAAAACCCGAACUGAAGCAGCGCUGGAUACGAGCGUUCAGAGACGAGCGAGAGCAGGUCCAGCACGACCUGGAGACAGGAUUUUCUAUAACAGAAGUGCAGAAGAAGCAGGCCAUGCUGAACGCAUCUAAAAGCCAUCCUGCUGGAAAACCCAAAGCUGUGACGAGGCCGUAUUACGACUUACUGCUGCGCCAGAAACACCCGGCACUGCCCGCCGCCCUGCCAGCCGCCCUGCCACCCGCCCUGCCAGCCGCCCUGCCACCGCAGCAGGUCAUCAUGCUGGCACAGCCCAAACGCAAAUCCUCCAACUUCUGGCACAACAUCGGACGCUUAACGCCGUUCAAAAAAUAAUGAGGAAUGACGAAGGACCGCCCCCUCCACCCUUUUAGCCCCGCCCACAUAAACGCCCACCCGCCCACCCAGCCAACAGACACUCGAGCGUGCCUAAAUCUGUUUUUAUCCGUUUUUUUUUUUUUUUGAAAUAUAACCGUAUUUUUUUGUUAGUUUCUUGUUUUUUUCCAAUUGAGAAGCACUUUAUGGGUUGACUAUGAUACAAUCACAUCGCGACUCCUGGACUGACCGCGACAGAGCCUACGGAUUAAUGACGCCACCUACGGACCAGCAAUGGCACCUACAGAUCAGUGACUCUGCCUGUGGAUCAAUGGUAGCGCCUACUGAUUAGCGAUGGCGUCUACGGACCAGCAAUGGCAUCUAGGGUUCUGUGACUUUCCUAUGGAUUGUUAGCAGCGCCUAAGGAUCAGUGGCACGAUCUAUGGAUCGGUGGUGGCGUUUUACAGAUCAUCGGCGGUGCCUACGGAUCCGUGACUAUGGAUCAAUGGCAGGGCCUACUGAUUAGUGAAAGCUUCUACAGAUCAGUGACGGCAUCUACAGAUCAUCGGCAGCGCCUAUAGACCAGUAAUGGCGCCUAUGGAUCAAUGGCAGGACGUACUGAUCAGAGACGGUUUCUAUGGAUCAUCGGCAGCGCCUACGGACCAGCAAUGGUGCCUAUGGAUCAGUGACGGUGCCUACAGAUCAGUGACGGGGUCUACGGAUCAUCGGCGGCACCUAUAGAUCAGUGACAGUGCCUACAGAUCAGUGGCGGGGUCUACAGAUCAUCGGCAACGCCAAUGGAUCAUCAGCGGUGCCUAAGAAUCAGUGGCAGGGUCUACGAAUUAUCGGCGGCACUUACGGAUCUUUGGUGGUGGCGUCUACGGAUCAUCGGCAGCGCCUACGGAUCAUUGGCGGCGGCACUCGGACAUUGGCUUUUUCCGCUUUACCGCUGCUACAGCCGGACUGCUACAGAACUGCACUGAACCGGAACUGACAGACAAAAAAUAACUAAGACUUCGUAACGCCGUACGUCAUUUUUUAUCAUUUUUUCGUAUUUAUUUCCAGUGUUUCAGGUCUGCAGCUCUCCACGGUGCCCAACGGACUCAUUCUUCUCGUUUUUUGUACGUAUUUAAUACAGUGUGUUCCGCAACAACAACUCUCUCCCGGAUGAACCGGAACCAGAACUGGAACCAGAACCGGAACCGGAUUCUUCCAUUACUGUAUUUCCUCUUUAUUCAUUUUGAUUCUGUUUGAUGAAUCUGAUUCUGAAUCUGCUGAUUUCCAUGUCUUUUCCUGUACGCAAACUUCUCCAACUAUUUCCUGAUAUACAGUAUUUCCUUGUAAAGAAUCUGAUUCACAUUUAAGCAGCGCACUCUUCCAAAUUAGGCUGUGUUCAGACUGCCAGUCCAAAUCUGAAUUUGUGGCGUAUCUACAUUAAAUCUAGAUUUAUUUUUGAUAAUCUAACCAGACGGACAGAAACCACAUAAUUAACGCACUAUUCCGUUUUUCGUGUUCCUACCUCUGGACCAAAUGCAAUUUUUUGGCAAAUCCAGAUUGAUUUAUGAUAGUGUGAACAGUCAGAAAUGUCAACAAAUCAGAUUUUUGGCGUAUUUCUAGAUCAUAUCCACAUUGGUUUCCAAUAGGCUGAACAGACUAAAAAAAGGAAUCCGCAUGAAAUCCAAUUUUUUGCAAAGCUAGAUUGAAUUCAGAUUAUUGAAUAGUCUGAACAGCCAGAAAUCACACAAAAUCCCUUUUGAACUUUGGCAAAUCUAGUUGUUUUCAGAUUCAUUGUAGAUAGUCUGGACACACUGUAACAGAAACCACAUGAAAUCUUUUUCAUCUGUUUAUUUUUCUCUUUAUUUUGACCUUAUAAUCUAGAUUGAAUCCAGAUUGAUUUUUGAAAGUCUGGACAGAAACAAACCACACAAAAUACCAUUUACCAUUCAUAAAGCUAGACUGUAUUCUAAAAAUUGAGAUUGAUUUUCCGAUAGUCUAAACAGCCAGAAACAUCUUAAGAUCAGAAUUUUGGUUUAUGUCUAGAUUGUAUCCAAAUUAAUUUUUGAUAGUCUGGACCGACGUAACAGGAACCAUAUGAAAUCUGACUCUCUGCAAAUCAGUGUGUGUUUAUAUUGAUUUUUGAGAGUUUUGUUGGACAAAAAACACCAGAUUUCUGACAUAUCUAAACUGAUUUAUGAUCCAGAUUUUUUUUAAUAGUCUGAACAGUCAGAAACGACAUGAAAUUAAAAUGAAUUUGAAAUAUGUCUUCAGUCUGGAAGCUCUGGAAGCCGAAAUUGGAUUUUAAGAUCAAAUCUAGAGUGACGGAAGUGCCGAGGUGCAGAUCUGAUUUUAAAUAAAGAGAUGAAUCCGGUUUGUCUGCAGUCUGAACACGGCGUAAGUGGUGUGAAAUGAGUGCGUCCCAUAAUUCCACUGGUUUGGCCGCCUGCCUACUAACCCCUCUGUACUGAUGCUCUCUCUGAAGUGCCACUCCCACUCCGGCACGGGGGGGGGCGUCGCAUGAACUGCUGUGAAAAUCGACUUUACUGGACUUUUUCAGCCCAAACGAGCGUCUGAUUACUGAUUACUCGCUCAGUCUGAUCUCUAACUGUACAAAUAAAUUAAAGUAUGUUUGA